AUGCAAAUGGCCACAACCACCAUGAUCUUUAUGAUUUUGGGGGCUUCACUUGUGAUGGCAGUAGCGUGUCUAACGGACAUGAACGCUCUACUAGACCGCUUUCACAACUACAUCUUACCACAUUUACGAGGGGAGGACCGCGUCUGCCAUUGCAACUGUGGAAGGCACCAUGUCCACUAUGUGAUCCCGUACGAUGGGGACCAGUCUCUGGUAGACUCGGCAGAGAACUACUUUGUGAGUGAUAGCGUGACCAAGCAGGAGCUGGACCUGAUGCUGGGGCUGCUGCUGGGCUUCCUCCUCAGCUGGCUACUGCUGUGGCUGGACGGGGCGCUGCACGCUGCCCUCAGGGCCUGGAGGGCCAAACAGCACCAUGAUGUGUUCUCCUGGUCAUGGGUUCCCCGCUUCUGUAACCUGAGAGACCUGGGGAGACGGGUGCACCUGAGGAAGCUGGAGGACUCCAGUGGGAACAUGGUGCACAUUAAGCAGAAGCUGUACCACAAUGGACACCCCAGCCCUCGUAACCUCUGA